CAGAGAGCUGCUGCAUGCGCGCCACCAACUUAACCAAUCCCUAAUGUGGAUAGGCAAGGGUCGAUCGAAUAAGAGAAGGGAAUUGUGAAGCGACUUUCAAUUAUGACGGAUACAUCACGACAAUCGGCUUUUAUGCCGACGAUAAAAUGCUCGAACUGCGGGAAUCAGGUUGAGAUUUCGAUGAUGGGGGACCAUGUGUGUGGUAGCGCGCCAGCACCACCAGAACCAACUCCUAUGCCUGAUCUUUUGGGUGGCGCGUUGAAUUCCCUCAAGGUGAAUGUCUUUGGCGGGUUCGGCCGCUCUGCUCCGCCGGCUGUCGAUACAAAAGCAGCAAAUCGUGCAUUCUCAAAGCAGGAUCAACUAACUCCAGCGAGCGCUUCCACUGGAUCUCAGGCUAUCUCACCAAAGACACCUAAUGGACGGCCAGGUGCCGGUCCUGGCGGAGAUGACUUCGGACCAGCAAUAGCGACUUCGCCUAGACGACCAGGUGGAUAUGGAGGAUUUGGAGAUCCUGAAUCAUUUGAAGGCGACUCUACUUACGGUACUAGCCCAAAUAAAUCUACUAAUUUCUUGACAAGAAUGAACAGCAUCGCACCUGGUCCAUUCGAUUCAAAUCGACGACCUGGUUCAAAGAAUUCAUUCGCACGAAAUAAUAGCAGGGAAAACCUCACGGUAGAUUCGAACGACGAUAGGCCAGGCACGUCAGGUUCAACCUCGUCGAAGAAUAGCACUGGCCUUGCACCUCCUAGGGCGCCACGGACAAAUGGUUACGGAGGAUUCGGGGCACCGCAAAGAGAUGGCGACGAUUUUGAGCCUCCACAGUUUGGUUUGGGCAAACGUUCCGAGACUUUCCCAGAGAAGCUCUUGCAAGCAAAUGAUGAGAUGUAUGAAACACCAGCACGUGCGCCCUCCGCACCUGGCCCAAGACCCGAUCGGUUACGGAGUACGUCAAAUCUCAGUUCCAGAGAUGGACAACCCACAAAUGGUCAACGGUUACAGCGACCUUCGGUUGGCGCACAAGAGGCGCUCAGGCCGCCGCCACGGGGAGGGUUUGCUCGACCGCCAACGCGGGACGGGAAUGGCAGGCCUUCUGUUAACCUUGCUGAAGAGUUCGGCGUUGGUAACCCAUACCACGCAUCGUCAGUGUCACAAUCUUCUAGCAGCUCUGGUUAUAGCCACAUGUCUCGGCCCAGCCAAGCUAGCUCGAAUACAAGCCCAGCUCGAUCAGUUGCGUCUCGUCCAGAAGUACGGCGACCUUCAGAUACAUCAAAUUUUGAUGCCUUGAUGGACGAUCUCCAGUCUUCAAUGGAGUCGAUGCAACCCAAGGGACAGCCACCCUCCCCUACUGACCGAUUACAAUCCGAGAAAAAGGCUGAGCCUCUGCGGUCAAACAAUCGUCGUGCACCUUCCGAGAACCUACGAUUAGAUCCCGCCACCCUAGCGGGACGAGACCAAAGGUUAGGUUCUCCAUUGAAGUCACCUAAUUCUCCACUUUCUCCCGGUUCUUCGGAUCCCGCUGUCCAGACUGGUCUAAACCAGUCGCAACCUACUCGACCUUCCCACAACCGUCAGCAGUCCCGCUCUCGUGGUAGCUGCAAAGCCUGCAAAUUGCCGAUCACGGGAAAAUCGAUCUCAUCCGCAGAUGGUCGCCUGACCGGACGCUAUCACAAGGCAUGUUUCGUAUGUACGACAUGCCAAGAACCCUUCUCAUCAUCGACAUUCUAUGUUUUGAACGAUCAACCAUACUGCGAACAGCACUAUCAUAAGCUCAACGGCAGUCUAUGUGGAAAAUGCAACAGAGGCAUCGAGGGACAAUAUCUUGAGGACGAGUCUUCAAGAAAACACCAUCCUGGAUGCUUCCGAUGUGGUGACUGCGGUAUCGUCUUGCGAGAUGGAUAUUUCGAUGUCGACGGCAAGGCCUACUGCGAGCGUGAUGCUUGGAAACGAAUGCAAUUCGCGGCCCAAGCACAAAGGCAAGGGCCGCCACCAGGCAUGCAAAUGUAUCCGCCACGACGACCGAGUGCAGCACAGGGACCACCACCGAGAGGACUUCCCUCCGGCCCCGGCCCCAUGGGUCCGGGUCCGAUGGGACCUGGUCCUAGAGGGCCCGGGCCACUUAACCGACCGUUCGGGUUGCCCACUGGGAACCGUCUAGCUCCCGGUCAGGCAUUAGGCCGCGGUGGACUAGGACCGAUGAGAAUGGAGAAGAGGAUGACACGAUUAGGCAUGAUGUAAAACUGAACCCCUCUCCCGAAUUUUUUGUUUCUGCAACGACGAUACGACUCUCUUUUGUCCCGAUCGACCGACACCCAUGUCACUACGCAUAUUUCGUUGGCUGUGUGAUUUAUCAUAUAUCAUCAGCAUUGGAGUUCACGGUUCUGUUCUGGGAUAGCAUUUAUCUUUUUUUCGAUCGCAUAUACCCUUUCACACUUCCAUUCGCUACCGCGAUUUGUUUAUAUACCCUUUGGCGAGGUGAAUACCUGUCUGCCUCGUCACUCUGGUCCAUAAUCAGUUCGGAUAUUACGAACCUAUUAUAUUAUCAUAAUAUGAUAAUUCAGAGACGCAUCUCGAAUCAAAACUUCGACGGCUCUCGGUUUUACCUCUAUUGCGCAUUGGCGAGC